CGAACCCCAGCUCCUUCACCUGCACCAGCACCACCUGCACCACCAGCACCACCAGUGCCUACUCAGCCUCUAACGCACCGGCCGCACCCCUCGACCCAACCCUCUUCCAGUGGACAAUCUCAAUCACCCUUGCCUAUUGGCGUUGUUGCUUUUGGGGUCGAAACGGAGUUCUUGCUGGGACCAAAGGUUGUUACUCCAAUCUCCCCAAAAGAGCAGAAGUUUGUCGACUGGCUUCGGGGUGGACACUUCGGCCAAUUCGUUCAAGGUCUGGCAGGUUUGCACAAUGAGCGGGUUGAGGCAGCAUACCCUCGAAUGGAAACUAAAUUGUUGCCGUCGGAAACUUCAGUGGCGCCACACACAACAUGGAAGCUCACGACCGAUCCAUCAGUUGACACAAAUCAAGCCCCUUGCAAUAUCUCAGGGGGUCUCGAGAUGGUAUCCCCCAUUAUACAAUUGACGGAAAACGGCCUCUGGGUUCAUCCGAUCAAAGUGGUAUGGAAAUUCCUCGAGGAGGUGUGCGAUGUGGGUGCCAAUGACAGAUGUAGCACUCACGUGCACCUCUCACUGCCGGAAACCUACUCUGUCAUUCAAAUGAAACGGCUGGCACAAGCUGUGAUCUACUUCGAGGGUGCCGUUCCGCUUAUUCUUCCCGAGUCCCGCCGCAGCAACCACUAUGCCAGGAGCAACUGGAAAGACAACGAGUACUUCAAGGGCGACUCACGUGACCAGGCCAUGGCGAAACUCGAGGGAUGCACAACGAUUGAGGCCGUCAUCGAGAUGAUGAAUCCCGGCAAGCACAAGCGAUAUUAUGGCUGGAAUUUCACGGCGUUCAAGAGUUACGGAACAGUCGAGUUCAGGCGCGGGGCGGGCAGCACGAACGCCCAACAGGUGCUGCAAUGGAUCACACUCUCCACAACCUUCCUGCGUGCCAGUCUCAGAAUCGCCACCAGCGAGGAUUUCAGGCAUUACCCCGAGACUGUUGGUGGCUUGUACAGGUUCCUGUCAUCAGUCCCACGCGCCCAGGACAAUUGGAAGAAACUGUUUGACCACAAAGAUUUCGACCAGUACCAGGAGCCCCAGAAGCUUGGGCAGCUCCGGCCCGCGGAGGAAGCAGCUUUCCAGAGGAAGUUUCGACAUGACUCUGGGCCCAGCCUCAUGCUCAACGCCAUCGCUGAAUAUAAGAAGGCUCAGAAGAAGCAUUAGGCUUCUUCCAAGGCACUGCUCUUCGCGCCACGUCGCUAUGGACUGCGCCCAAGAUAUCGAUGGAUGAGAGAUGCCAGUACACCAUCGUAUGCCACGUUAUUCUUUGUCUUUCCUUUCUUUCCUGUCUUUCCUGUCUUUCCUGUCUUUCCUGUCUUUCCUGUCUUUCCUGUCUUUCCUGUCUUUCCUGUCUUUCCUGUCUUU